AUGUCGAAAUCAAAGGAGCCAGAUUCUUUAAUUUUAGAUCCUCGAAUAUUUAACCUUGAAAAACAUCUAUCUAUUCUUAUUUCCUGGUUAAAUUCGCAAGGAUUUACUCUCCAAGAAAUGGUAACUCCCACUGGUUUUGCAAUUCAACCUGCAAACAUGCAACAGUACCUCGAGUCAGGUCUAGGAUGUGUAUUUGAAGCGAUGAAUGCAAUAUAUCAGCUUAAAUCUCAAAUUGAUCCACAGCCAAUUUUGAAGAUUCCAUACAUCGUCAACAUUGACAAGUUUUCUCAAGUAUUCACGGAAUUCAUGUCACAAGUAGUUCUCUAUUACAUCAAAACUCCAAUCCCAACCUCAAGUUUUCAAUCAUCUUUUGCCUAUUUCGUCAUUCUCCACUCGAUGUAUCUCAAAAUGAUCGUUAGCCCAACAACACCAGUCAAAAUUGACGAUUUCAAGAGCGUUUGGAACGCAUUUUACGCCCAAUUUUCAGAAUUGAAGAAUGUGAUACUUCAGUUAGACUUUGAGUAUUACAUAAAUAAGUGUGAUGAAUUUCUUGCCACGCUUUCCUCUCAAAACUUCGAUAAUACCAUAUUAUCAAAUCUUCGGACCCAUUCUCAGAACUUAAAAGCGGAACUGAACAAAAUGCGAAAUACAGAAUCACUCAAAGACACAUACAAAGCAGCCUUGGACUACUCAAACCAACUUUCUUCUGUUGUUACUAAUAUUAUGACACAAAGGGACCUUCAAGGUUCAUCAGACUUCGUUGGUCAUCUUAAUUUGAUCAUCAAGUCAUCAUAUUUGUGUCUUGAUCUUAUUGACAUUUCACAAAAAGUGAAUUCCUUUGUUUGUCAGAAAAAUUUCUAUUUAGAACCACAACGAUUGAAAGUUCCAGCACCAAUGACAGUCAUCAAUCAGAUUCCAGAGCUUAUUCUUCUUAUUCUUCGUAUCAUGAACGAUAAAAAGUUUCAAAACGAUUCUAAACUUCAAAAGAUCAGCAAAUCAGCAAAAUCAAUCAUUGAUGCUACAGUUAAAGGUACCGUUGACCGUGACGAGACUAAACAACUUAUUUGUUCAUCAGAAGAUUUCCAAUUUUCAGGUAACCAAGUCUUAGAAGAUAAAGUAUUUGAAGGUCUUGAAAAGAUCAUUGAGACAACAGUUAAAUCCACAGAAAACAAAUCAAACGCUAAACAUCAUUUAAACGAAUACAAACAAUUAUCAAAUCAAGAACAUAACAACAUCACAAAUCAUUACAAAUUAACAUAUCUUGUUUCUAUCCAGCGGUACAUCAAAAAUGAAUGUAAAACAGUUUUGUCAGGUGAAUUUGGUCAACAUUUCCAAAAUUUUAUGAAACAGUUAUUGUAUGAAAUUUUUUCGGAAUAUAUCCAUGAAUCAGGAUAUUUGAUGAAGCUUGGUUAUUCUAAACUUCAGAGCGGUGUUUUUGAUUCACAAUCGGUUUAUUUGAGUCAUUUGAAAGACACAGUUCAUUCAUUGAUUUGUAUUUCUCAAUCCUUUUUUUCGAAAGGAGAUUUCUUUGAUUUGUUGAUUCCAUAUUUAGAAAUUUGUUCAGUUAACAUUGAUUUUUGUAUUAAACAUCCACAAGCAGAAAGUAUCUAUAACAUGAUCUCCGUGUUACCCGAUCCAGUUUGUAUCAUCAACAGUCUUGAAUUGGACGAAAUCUCAACAUCAAUUUUUGAUUUUAUCAAAGAUAUCAAAACAUCACUUGAAACAUCUAAUUUGAAAGAUAAUGAAUUUUUGUUACGUAAAUGCGGUUCAUUGUCCGAAAAAAUCGAAGACUUAUCAAUCCGUACUAAAUUCAAGACAUUGUAUGAUAUUAUGUUUGCAUAUUUUGCCGUUGAUAAUAACAAAUUACAUAUUAAAUCUAUUCCAGACAAUUUCAUCUUUGAACGGGAAAAUUAUGUUUUUAUUAUUAAGAAAGUUGUUGAAUUAUUUAAGAAGAAAUUUAUCCAAGAGUACAAUGGUGAACUUCUCUAUUACAGCAUCGAAACAUUCAAAUACAUUUUCUUGAAUGACAUUGAUAAAUUCCAUUCUAAUUAUUAUGGUUUUUUACAAGUUAUUUCACAAAUUGAUUUCAGUGAUUUGUUUUUGAAAUCAAUUACAUCAUUAAUGCGUAUUAAGCGAAUUAUUAAUGUAUAUUUGUUUAAUAAUAACAUUGUUGAUUGUAAAUUACAAAAUGUUUUCAAACAUUUAGAAUCAACAAUUUAUGAAAUUAUUUGUUGUAACAAAUCUCAAAGCUCCAAAAAAAUUGAAGACGAAUUAUUUAAAUUAUGUGAAGAACAUUCAACAGUCUUUAAAGAAACUAUUCAAUCUAAAUACCAACCAGUUUCACAAUUCCUUGAAAUCAUUGAAGUCAUUCAUUUAAUCAUUGAAUCUGUUAAAGAAGAAGAUCCACGUAUUUAUUCAUUUUACAGUCUUUGUAUUAAUUUUUAUGUUUGUUAUUGUAAGUUUUUGCAAUCUAUGAGUGAUGUUGGUUUUGUUAGUAAUGAACUAAUUAACGAAUUCCAUAAUUUAGUUUGUCUUAUUUUUGUUCAAGAGAAUCUGUUUUUUAAACUUCCCGAUCAAAAUGUCAUUGAAAAUUUAAAGGAUUCAUACAUUUUGGCUAAGAAUUCUAUUAAUGCAGAUGUUAUUAAUAUCACACGUCAACAUUUUCAACCAACCGUUUCAUUGUUAUUCAUGACAUUGUCAACUAUGGAAACAACACUUCCAAAAGAAGCAUCAGAUGAUAUCCAACGGUUGAUUUCAUUAACAAACAAAACUAUCGAAAGUACUAACAUCGACGAUAUUUUCACAUAUAUGUCCGUUAUCUCGGAUAUUACAUUUAAACUUCAUAGUAAAAUCAGUGCGAGUGAUGAAAUCAAUAAUGGAUUUGAGCAUCUUCAACGAUGUAUCAGUCUUCCAGCCGCUGUUGGUUAUUUCAAUGAAUUAAGUAUGCUUGGUGAUAUUAUUACUACUAAAUUAUGUCGUCUUUUCAACAUCGAUUGUCCACAAUUCAGUCUUCCAUUGAAUGACAUCAUUGAAGGUUCUCUUGAUAAUUAUUUGCCCGAAUUAAUCACAGAAGGUUCCGAAAUCCAAAAUCUUUUGGAUGACCUUUACAAAUGUAAUUUAAGCAGUGAAAUUAAAGUCUAUGUUGACAAACUUGUUUCAGAUUAUAAUAGUAAUGUUUCUCGUUUGACAAGUAGUCUUUCUAAAGUUGUUCCCGAUAUUUCUAGUCAAUCACGCGAAAACACACGUAAAAUCAAAUAUCUUAAGAAAGUGUUGGAAGAAAAAGUUAAUGAGUUGAAUUUACUUAAAGAAGAAACCGAAAAAUUCACAAAAUAUGACACCGAAUAUUGUAAAUAUUCAGAGCAAAUCAACGAACUUAUUUCUAAUCGGAUGAAAGUUGACAGUGAAACAUUGUUUACGGAAGGUAAAGUUUCAUGGUCUAAAAGUGUUGAAAGUGAAUUAGAUCGGGAGAUUUCACAAUACAAGAAUGCACAAAUUACACAAAGUAGUGAUAAACAACAAUUUAAAACAGUUGUUAGUCCUAAAAUCACAAUGUCACAAACGAUGUCUAUGCAAGAAGUUUUAGAUCGAAACAUGGAGUUGCGUAAAGAGUUUUGUAUUGUUCAGCGAACAUGUAAACAUACUAAACAUGAAGAACUUUCACAAAUCGAACGUGAUUACAAAGCUCUUUCACAACACAUUGCAGAGUUUCAGUUUUCUGAAGAAGACAUGAAAUCUAAUGAUAGUCAAUGUCUUCAAGAACUUGAAAGUCUCAAAUCUGCUUUUAAUGAUAAUAAUUUAUCAUCAGAUUCAUCAGAACACAUCAUUUCAUUAGUUGAUCAUAUUUUCAAGUGCAUCAACCAGUACAACUCAACAAGAGAAAACAUUUUAGGUAUUAGAUAUCCUAACUAA